GGCGCUGCGGGUGCUCAACAGGAGAAAAAUCGUCAGUUACGGUCAAACACGAGUAAUGGCUGCUGGCGCGGCCUCUAUGAGGAUUCUUAUUAAAGGUGGGCGUGUCGUGAAUGAUGAUGUCACUCAGGAGGCAGACGUCUACAUUGAGAAUGGAAUUAUCCAGCUGGUGGGGCGCGAGCUGAUGAUUCCGGGCGGGGCUAAGGUGAUUGACGCGGCAGGUAAGCUGGUGAUACCGGGAGGCAUCGACGCAAGCGUGCACCUGCAGGAGACGUUCACGAACGCCACCACACAAGACGACUUCUACAGCGGGACCAAGGCGGCGCUGUUGGGCGGCACUACUAUGGUGAUGGCUCACGUACUUCCAGAGAAAGAUACGUCUCUACUUGAAGCGUAUGAGAAAUGUCGCACUCACGCUGAUGCUAAAGCCUGCUGUGAUUACGCCCUGCACAUGGGCGUCACCUGGUGGGGACCAAAUGUGCGCAGGGAGAUGGAGGUGUUAGUGGGUGAGAAGGGUGUGAACUCUUUCCAAAUGUUUAUGGCAUAUAAAGAUCUGUUGAUGUUGAAGGACUCUGAGUUGUAUCAGGUGCUGAACACCUGUAAAGACGUCGGAGCCGUCGCUCGUGUCCACGCUGAGAAUGGAGAACUGGUGGUCGAGGUCAGAGAACGAGCACACACACACACAUAUUAGUCAAACCUUUAUCAAGUCAGAAACACACAUGGACAAGAAAAACAAAAAGGGUUUAUUGUGUGCAUUUGUUUAGGGUGCAAAAGAAGCAUUAGAUUUGGGCAUCAGUGGUCCUGAGGGUAUGGAGAUCAGUCGACCAGAGGAGGUAAAAGAGAGAUUGUUGCAACUGUUUCCAUUUGAUUUGAGGUCUGUGUGUGACCGCGUUAUAACUGAUAUCUGUCUGUAGUUGGAAACAGAGGCUACAAACCGAGCCAUAACCAUCGCCAACAGGGUGAGAACAAUAUAGAGUGUGUGUGUGUGUGUGUGUGUGUGUGUGUGUGUGUGUGUGUGUGUGUGUGUGUGUGUGUGUGUGUGUGUGUGUGAGUGUGUGUAUGUGUGUGUGUGUGUGUGUGUGUGUGUGUGUGUGUGUGUAUGUGUG